GAAUUUUUUUCUUGGAUCAAAGUUUGGUGCUCAUGUUGCUACGAUUUUGCAAUGUAAAAGUGAAACCGAGUGAAAUCAAUUGGUCAGGCUUACCAGUUCACUCUGAAUCUGGGUUUGAAAUUUCGGUUCGAAAUUUCAGAAAUUUCACCCCCACCGGCAUGCUCAAAUCUCGCCCAAAAUUUUCGAAUUUUUGCAAUUUUUUUGUGAAUUUGGUCAAAUUUUAUUCAAAUUCAUUCAAAUUUUCAAAUAAUUUCGCUAACCCCGGCAUAAAAUCCAAUUUCGAAAUUUCAAACCCUGCUCUGAACUAGUCUGAACGAAGCUUACAUCUAAUGCGUCCCAAACUCACACUUCACACCUCGCGCCCCAUCGAUCAACCUCUCUCCCGCCAACGCCCAAGUCCCACCUAUUAAUCUCCUCUCCUCUUCUGCAACCCGCGAGCUCAUCCCGCAACAAUGGCGCCGCCUCGCCACGCCCGCCUCGUCGCCGCCACCAUCGCCGUCCUCCUCUGUCACCUGCCGCGUUCAGCUGCGUCACCGUCGUGGUCCGACGCGGCCGUCUCGCCGCCGUCGCCGUCGCCGCAGCUGUGCCCGAUGAUGCAGCAGCGGAGCGUGCUGCCGCCGCGGGUGUCGGAGCUGCCGGCGAGCCCGUUCACGGCGAAGGCGGCGUUCGUCCGGUACUGGAACCGGAAGGUGCACAGCAACCGCCCGCACCCGGCCUUCUUCUUCGCCAAGCUCUCGCCGCUGUCCGCGCCCGACGCCGCCGCGUUCUCCACCCUGGCCGCCGCGGGGCAGCUGGGAUCCAGGAUCCGCGCGUUCUGCGCCGCGGCGUCGCUUCUCUGCCCCACGACGCCCGGGUCCUCGUGGUCCAAGUCCUCGUCCGACGGGGAUGGCGCCGCCGCGGCUGCUGCCCCCGCCGGCGGCGGCGGUGGCGGUGGCGGUGGCGGUGACGGCGGCGCGGCGCCGUUCAAGAACUACGAGAACGGCAACUUCAGCAGCUACGGCAACAGCGGCGGCGGCGGCGCCGAUCAGUUCGCCGUGUACUCGAGUGGGCAGAGCAACGGCGGCGGCGGUGGCGGCGGCGGCGUCGACUCGUUCCGCCGCUACGGCAAGGGGUCGCAGGGGCGGAACGACUCGUUCACGAGCUACGAGGCGGGGGGCAACGUCGGGACCUCCAGCUUCACCUCGUACAACGGCGACGCCACGGGCGGCGCCGGGGGCUUCUCCUCCUACGCCGGCGACGCCAACACCGUGGCCGUCUCCUUCGGCAACUACGACCACACCGGGAACGGCCGGUCCCGCGAGUUCUCGGAGUACACGCAGGACGCCAACACCGGCGAGGAGAGCUUCGCGGCGUACGGCAAGACGGCGAACGGCGCCGCCGAGUCGUUCAGGACGUACGGCAACCACUCCAACUCGAUCGCCACCGGCUUCGACAACUACGGCGACAGGGCGAACGGCGCCGCCGACGCGUUCUCCUCCUACGGCGCCAGCGGCAACACGCCGGAGAACACGUUCAAGAGCUACGCCUCCGGCAGCAACGCCGGCGUCGACGACUUCAAGGGGUACAGGGACGACGCCAACGUCGGCAACGACAGCUUCACGUCGUACGCGAGCAACGCCAAUGGCGCCGCCGCCGGCUUCGAGAGCUACGGCAAGUCGGUGAACCCCGGGAGCGUCACGUUCAAGGGCUACGGCCUCGGCUCCAACCCCAACCACCGCAUCGGCUUCGCGCGCUACUCCGGCGACAACACAACAUUCAAGGCGUACUCCAACGACGGCGUCGAGUUCAAGGAGUACCAGAACAUGUCGAAGAUGGAGGUGUCCAAGAUAGAGGCGGCGGCACGCCGGCCGCCGCUGCGGUGGUCGCCGGAGCCGGGGAAGUUCUUCCGGGAGCGUGACCUCGUCGCCGGCAACCGGAUGCCGAUGCCGGACAUCGCCGACCGGACGCCGCCACGGGCGUUCCUGCCGCGCGACAUCGCCGCGAAGAUCCCGUUCGACGCGGCCGCCGUGUCGGCGCUGUUCGGCGCGGCGCCGGGCACGGCGAUGCGGCAGGUGGUGUCGUCCACGGUGGCCGAGUGCGCGCGCCCGCCGAGCCGCGGCGAGACGAAGCGGUGCGCGACGUCGGCCGAGGACGUCGUCGACUUCGCCGUGGAGAUGCUCGGCGACAACGUCGUGGCGCGCGCCACGGAGUCGACGGCGGGCGGCGGCGGUGACGUCAGGCUGGGCAGGGUCGCCGGCGUCCCCGCCGGCGGGAACGUGACGCGGUCGGUGUCGUGCCACCAGAGCUUGUUCCCGUACCUGGUGUACUACUGCCACUCGGUGCCGACCGUCCGCGUGUACGAGGCCGACAUCCUGGCCGUCGAUUCCAACCAGAAGAUCAACCAUGGCGUGGCCAUCUGCCAUCUCGACACGUCCGAUUGGAGCCCGAAUCACGGAGCCUUCAUCGCGCUUGGUGGAAAACCCGGUGAGAUGGAGGUGUGCCAUUGGAUCUUUCAAGGGGAUAUGACUUGGACAGUAGCUAAUUGAUAUACACACUGGAUUGACUUGUUUGUGUUUAUUCUGUUCAAAGAAAAGGAAGAUUUUGACAUUAUUUUUUCUUUUUUGUUUUGAGAGUGCACACAUCAAACUAUGAAUUGUAUGGUCUCUUUUUACAGGGAAAAAGGUUGAUCCUACCAAA